AUGAAUUCUAGCAAUCAGAACUUAAACAUAAAUAUCUUAGAAAAAGCUAAAAUAGCAACAACUAAUCCAUCUUUGGAUUUGCCAAAGGAGACUGCAGACGGCAGUAACAGCAGUGGGGAGCUGGUAAAAAACCCCUUUCAAAGGAGCUCGAGAUUGGCUCAUUCGCCUCCGUUGAUUGGAAGAACCCGAUCUGCGUCACCAUGCAUGCAGUACAGCAGUGUCGCAAAGGAGGCCACAACAGAAGAGCUCAACCGCAGCAUCAGUGCCAAAAUUAAAGAGCUAACGGAGAUGAUGGAACUCCCAAAGCGUAACAUUAACCAGCCAAUGCGUGAUCUGGUUUCAAGCAUUUCGGAGCUCCAUAAGAAGUUAGAAAGGUCGAUUCUGACUUCUAGAAUAAGGAUGCUAAAAGGGUCAAAAAGUGUGGUUCUCGAAGCAAAAAAUGAAUGCACGCAAACAUCGCCUCUUAUAAAGCGCGUCACGGAUGGUACGCCAAAGAGAUGUAUAGACACAGUCGCUGCACGGAAAAGCCCAGCAAAAAAGAGCAAAAGUGACCGCGAUGGAACACUGAAGGCAACGCCGGUAUCAACAAAAGAGCAAACCAGCUCCGAAGGAUGGAACACGGUAAUAAAUAAGAAAAACCGUAAAGGAAACAACAAUAAAAGCCCAAAAAUAGACGGGAAACAAAGAGACGAAGCAAACACGAGGGGAAAUCGCAGGCGACAGAGGCCGCCCCGUAAAGACGCGAUCGUUGUGAAAAGCGUUGGCAAUGUCUCAUACGCUGACAUUCUAAAACGUGUGAAAACAGAGCCAUGUUUGCAGGAGCUUAACUCGAAAGUAUAUGGUGUUAAGAAAACUGCAAAUGGAGACUUGCUACUGGUGCUUGAGCGAUCAUCUGAUCCAAACACUCAGAAGAUCAACGAAGCAGUUAAAGCUGCCUUAGGAGAUGUAGUGGAAGUAAGGGCACUAACUGAACUACACCAAAUCGAAAUUCGUGAUCUCGACGAAAUCACGACGAAAGACGAAGUUCAUGAAGCCAUAACUAGCCAAUUCAGGGAACUAAAUGUGCCUUUGUCGUCAGUUGCUAACUUGCGAAAAGCUUAUGGUGGGACGCAAACGGCGACCCUUAAAGUUACACCAGAGAUCGCCACUAAGCUUACAGCAGCAGGAAAAAUACGGAUUGGCCUAGUUAUCUGCCGUAUCAGAGAAAAACUUGACCCGAAAAGGUGCUUCAAGUGCAUGGAGUACGGGCAUGUCGCAGCGAGAUGCAAAAGUACGGACGACUUCACCAAGUCCUGCUUUAAAUGCGGCAGUAAAGAUCACCAGGCGAAGAGUUGUACGCAAACAGCAAGUUGCUUAAUUUGCAAAAAGAAACAAAUAAGCGACACCGCACACGCGAUGACUAGCAACAAGUGCCCUUUAUAUCAAAGAGCACUCAAAGAAAUGCGACAUAAAUGA